GGAUGUGGCUCUUUGUGCUCUGUCGCUGUGCUGACGCUGCUGCAUGUAAAAUUAGCUGUCUGCAGCCUUUCAGGGACACCUCUUGCGGACCGCCGGAGCCCACAGUGCAAUAAAUAUGGCAGCAGAACUAUCCACUUCCAUAAACAUCAAGGAGCCCCGGUGGGACCAGAGCACAUUUGUAGGUCGGGCUAAACAUUUCUUCACCGUCACAGACCCCAGGAACAUCCUCCUCACCAACGAACAACUAGCUCAUGCACACAAAAUCAUCACUGAGUACAGGCAAGGUAUAGUCUCCCCAGGACUCACAGAAGAUGAACUGUGGAAAGCCAAAUAUAUUUUCGACUCCGCUUUCCAUCCUGACACUGGGGAGAAGAUGAUCCUGAUUGGUCGCAUGUCAGCGCAGGUUCCAAUGAACAUGACGAUCACUGGAUGCAUGAUGACCUUUUACAAAACAACUCCAGCCGUGUUGCUCUGGCAGUGGAUCAAUCAGUCUUUCAACGCAAUAGUCAACUAUACCAACAGGAGUGGCGACGCCCCAAUCACAGUCAGUCAGCUUGGCACAGCUUAUGUGUCUGCCACCACAGGGGCAGUUGCCACCGCUCUAGGACUAAAUGCACUAACAAAGCACAUCUCACCCCUGAUUGGACGAUUUGUCCCUUUUGCUGCUGUAGCUGCUGCUAACUGUAUCAACAUCCCCCUGAUGAGACAAAGAGAACUUCAACACGGCAUUCCCAUAACAGAUGAGAACGAUAACAGGUUAGGAGAGUCGACAAAAGCUGCACAGCAGGCUAUCUCUCAGGUUGUGGUCUCCAGAAUCCUCAUGGCUUCUCCAGGAAUGGCUAUCCCCCCGUUUUUAAUGAAUCAUUUGGAGAAGAAGGCCUUCCUGAGGAAGUUCCCAUGGAUGAGUGCACCUAUUCAAGUCAGCUUGGUGGGAUUCUGCCUGGUGUUUGCCACUCCGCUGUGCUGUGCAUUGUUCCCUCAGAAGAGCUCUAUGUCAGUCAGCCGCUUGGAGCCGGAGCUGCAGGAGAAAAUCCGGGCCAACCACCCAGGAGUGGAGAGGGUCUACUUCAACAAAGGGCUAUGAGCGUGCAGCCCCCUCAUCCAAACACUGCCAUAACCCAGCUGCAGGCUCAGUCCUCGCCUUUCUGCCAGCCCUCCUCAUUCAGUGUGCCAAAGUUAAGUUUGUGUCUCCUCAUUUCCACCAAUCGAGAUGGAUAUCCGAGGACUCCCUCUCUCAGUCAGUCUCUUUGUGACGAGAUGUUUGCUUAUGUCAAUGUGAUUGUUGAUUUUAAUGUAACUGCUAGAGAAGAUUUUCUCUGACUGGGCCGGAUGAAAAAGUUAGUCAUGACAGAUACUGUACAGUGGCCCGUGUAAGGUUGUUUUAAGUGGACAUUUUCUUUCUGUGCAGUAUUUUUAUUAUUUUUUUUACGUUGGUGACUUGUCGAUCGUAUGUCGCCACCAAAAUCCAUUUUCAUUCUCUCCUACCUACGAGGUUGGUACUCUGCUUAUUUCUCACCAUUAUAAUUCACCAGUCAAAGACCUCUGCAGUUCAUGAAUUUGCCAAAUCUGUCCUCACAUCUUUUUAGACCUCAUCAACGAUUGCGACCUCCUACUCUUGACAAUGUUAUUUCAAAGAAUGGCAUUCACUUUAAUUCAGUUUUUGCCAAAUGAGUGACAUUCAGUGAGGCCUGUUGACAUCUAAUCAUAGAUCUGAAAACAAUUCUCCAGGGAUCCACCCUAUAAAAUGUGAUGCUAUGAUGGUGGCAACUAUUGAUGGGCCGACACGGUGCUAUUUGAUGUCUUAAUCAGUGUUUAUCAUACUAUUUAUUCUGCUUGCCAAACAUGCAUGAACAAACCACUCCUCAUAUGGGCAUCAUGGGAUUUAACCCAUAAUGUACAGAAAAUAAACGUUUCUGUAUAUUUAGUUGCACCGAGGCUACACUCAGGAGAGCUGAGCGGUGGUGACAAAGUGUUAUUAAUGAUCAUUUCACACUGGUUCUCUUACCUAAUCCCUAAUCUCUAAUAGUUAAUCCAGGAUAUUCAUGAUCACAGUAUUUGAUACCACCAAAAUUCAACAACUCAUUCAUGCCUUACACAGACCUUUACGGUAUCCAUCUUCUGUACCUUAAUGCAGCACCCUAAGAGGUUCGAGUAUUAGCGCACAAAACAGACAUUUUAGAUUUAUGUGGCAGUUUUAUCAUAUUGUCUUUGAGGUAUUAGAGUACAUUAAUAUAUACAUUUGGAGUCUAUGUUAGAUAGAUGUUCGUAUUGGGGGGGAAAAAAUGCCAAAAACAUUCUCAAGAUAGUAUUUUUUUAAGGCAUGGAAAUAUAGAGAUGGAUCCAUCUGAUCAAUAUGUGUUUUAAAUAAGACUUUUGCCGUUAUGAACCUACUCUGUGGACUCAUUAACAAACAACUACACAUUUCAAUUCAGUGUCGCAUACGGGAUUACUUUGACCUGCAACCUGGUCAGUUUGAGGAAAGUUCCCAGUUAAAAUAUGGGAUCAUAAACAACCUCUGGCUCAGUAUUUCUUUAUAUUUUGUCCUUGAAGUCGGGAAUAUGUAUGUAGUUGUCACAUACAGUUACAUUAGCACACACUGUCACAUAACUGUGAUAAAGCAGGUGCAGGUGUCGUAACUUUUGUUCUGUUCCUGUCCCGCAGUAGUCAGUAUUCAGAUGAUAAUAACCUGUCUGGUAUGUGUGAACACAGUCAGUGUAAAUUGUGUUGUGUGGGUCCGACACCAGGUGGCGUUGAUCCAGAAGGCAGCCAUGUUGUUCUGCUGGUGUAGAGAGUUGAUGGCGUUUGAGUGCCACAUUUACAGCGACUGUAUUUCACUGUGUGGAGUUGAAUUCCAGGCCAAUAUUACACCACAGAGACUGUACAGCGAGGUGCCAGAUUUAUCACUGGACAUUUUGAAAAUCAGGGACGAGAGUGGAAAAAAAAGAUGGACUUGAAGCCACAAAACAAAAGAAGCAAAUCUUCAACCAACUUAAACUUAAAAAACUAAUUUAAGAUCCAGUUUCUUUAAAUCAUUUGGCCCAAUAAAUGUUUUCAUGUCAAAUUUAAAUACACGAUAAACACUUGUGAACACUGAUUUGAUUUAAUUGCAUUUUUUGCUCAUUAUGGUGUGUAAUUUCUGUAGUGUUUAAUGUUUAAUAUAAUGUAAAUCUACUUACAUAUAUUGUUGUACAAGUAACUUUACUUUAGAUCGUCAGUGUUUCCGAAGAGAUUUGUUGGAGUUGGAGCUGUUCCCUAGCUGGUUUGAAGUGAAGUUUGUUAUUCUAGUGUUCAAGGUAACUGAAUGUAGCAUUUUCCAAGUACAGCUGUUUGCGGUGUGUUAGUCCAGGAAAGCACAAACCUUGUAACAUAUUUCAAAUGCUGCACAUUUUUAGAAUUUGUUAAACCUGUUCAGUUUCCUGACCACAAUGAUUUUCAGUGCAUCCUUGAUCAGUGAGGGAGUAAGAAUAGAUGAGAAGUACGAACCUUGCCCUGUUGUAGGCAUUAUUUCUGAUUUCCAUUAACCUCUGACUGUAUCUAAUGAAAACUAACACAAAUAAUAAAUUAACUCCCUAAAAAUAAUGUUCACAAGCUUCCAUCUACCAAAUCCAAUGAAAUGUCAUUACAGCCAAAGCGAUACAAAUCGACUCAAGAGGAAUAAGUCAUUUACAGUUUGCAUUAAUUACAAUGAAUAUUUUUAAAAAAGAAUAUUAUGACAAAAAUGGUAUUUGAUUGUUUUGCAGCACACUGGAGUGAUGUUUCAACUAACUGGAUGAAAUAAAGUUGAUGAAAUCUUG